GUAAAUUCCUUUAUUUCAAAACGGAUAGCACUGAAUCAGUUAGUAGAACCUUGACAACAAAAGAUCUAAACCAUAAAGAGGGGUGGCGGUGCUUAACAUUUUGGUAUUUCAUUGGCGAGGAAAAGAGGACGCACACAAGUGAUAUAUUGGUGGAAUUAACCGUUUCUGCUCUUUAUCCUGAUGAUAGCAACAACAUGACUACAAUGUGGUCUACUUCCUAUCGUACAAACCGCUGGACUUAUGUACAGCUGCCUCUUUACCAAAGCGAGAGAAGUUUUAGGAUCCUCUUCAAAGGAACCUUAGAGUCUGCUGAAGUUAUAUUCCUGGGCAUUGAUGACAUAUCUUUUUCCAAAGAGAAGUGUAACGCUAUUCCGAACGAUGGCCAAAAUGAUAAAUGUCUUUGGACAACAGAAAGUGGACAAUGUUGUGCCUUUCCGUUUGAGUACAACGACAAGACCUACUCUUCCUGUAUCACGACACCAGAAAAGCCAAGACCAUGGUGCGCUACAAGCAUGUACUACGUGAUUGAAGGCGUAGAAUACUGGGACUUCUGCAAAGUCAUUUGUGGUUGAUAUGGAGUGGCAUCAUGUUUGUCUGACCUGGUCUUCAUUUGGUGGAUUCCUCAAAGUUUUUGUCGACGGACUGAAACUCGUCAGCACGGCUGAGUCUAGCAUCGACUUUCUCCAUAUCAGAGGCGUAGGUCGCCUUAUUGUCCGUUGCCCUGAUGUGAAAAAUGCAACAAAAGAAGACGCUCUUGGUAGUAUAAGUGAUCUUAACCUAUGGGAUGGUGUACUCGAUGAGGAAGAAAUUCAACGGAUGUCUUUAGGGUGUGAAAGGAGGGACGGUGAUCUCAAGGCUUGGAGGAGCAUGCGUAGUGGAGUGAUAGGAGACGCCCACGUUCAUUACGAUACUUCCUCAUGUCGAGACGUGACUGCUUGCAGGGAGCUCUCUACGGACAAAAGUGGUUAUAUCGUGUCACCAUACUACCCCGGAUAUUACGCAAACGAAAGUUGGUGUGAAUGGCGCAUCACCGCUCCGAUUGGUCUCGUAAUCAGACUUGAAUUUCUUUACUUUCACCUGGAAGCAACAGAACCUCAAUGUUUAAAUGAUUAUGUUGAAGUAUUUGACGGCAACUCGACAUAUUCUACUUCGCUUGGCAGAUUUUGUGGUCAUACGUAUCCUGCAAUGCUGGAAUCUUCGUUUAAUAAUUUGCUUGUCGUGUUUAAAUCUGAUAACAAAGGGGUGCGGACGGGUUUCAAAGUUUACUACGAAAUGAGGAAAGAUGAGAGGGAUAAAUGUUGGAUGAAGCCAGAAUGUCCAUUGGGUUGUGCAUGUUACAUGGUUAAAGGACCACCGCCGCACUACGUGUUGGAAGGGGCAGAAUACAUGGAAAGUAUACCACGGAACAUACCUGGCCUUACUACAGUCCUUUUAUUUGCUGGAAGCAAAAUCACACGCCUGACGAACGGAGACUUUUACUCUCUGUCAUCUCUUACCUACAUAGAUUUAGGCCACAACAAAAUUUUUCAAGUGGAAUCUGGAACAUUUGAAGGUUUAUCAUCUCUAGAAACGUUGUAUCGGUUAUGCUUCUUACAGCCAUCACCGCCGACAGACUCAUCUGUAUCGUGUUCCAUUUUCGUGUACAGCCUUUGAGUCUUAAGAUGUGCUAUUUGAUCUGUUUAGUGGUCUGGUUACUGGGCUUCGUCAUGUCCUUUCUACCAAUGUCAGGUCUGAGCUAUUUCAAUGUUGAAGGGAAGGGGAAUGGCUUCUAUGGAAGAUCAACUGUAUGCCUGGCUCUUCAGCUGUCCAAUGACAGGCCGCCUGGCUGGGAAUACUCUGUCAGCAUAUUCAUCGGCUUCAAUUUACUUGCAUUUCUGUUCAUUUCGUGUUCCUAUGUAGCUAUAUUUUUGUCUGCUGUGAAAUCAUCGAGCUCGAUAAGAUCCACGAAUGUUAAACGAGAAUCAACCCUCGCCAAACGAGUCGCUUUUAUCAUUUUAACAGACUUCUGUUGCUGGAUGCCAGUGAUUAUCAUUGGUAUCUUAUCGCUGAGUGGAAGUUUCCAUGAUCCCGAGAAGAAAGCAUAUGUAUGGAUGGCGGUGUUUGUACUUCCCUUCAAUUCCUCUGUCAAUCCCAUACUGUAUACUCUUUCCACGCCUCAAAUGCGGGAUUGGUUUUGUAAGCAUUCCAAAAGUAAAGAGCAUGGAAAAAGAGGAGUUCACUAUCUGCGUAAACCAGGAGCCCUUUUAUCCGCGACGGCGAGCAAUCCUGCAACUAAAAUAACAACGACUGAGCUUAGUUUGCCUUCACUGAACGUCGCCAAUCUGGAACGUAGUGGAUGCAUCAAUAAGGGUUUUCAAGACGAUACUUCGCCCCCAGAAAAUGGAAAUCGUCUGGCUUUGGUAGAAAAUGGCUCCUCACAAGAUAAUUCGAGUGCUACUUACGACACUCGCCUCUGAGGCAAUAAGCUUUAUUUUCUCACUCUGAUCAUGAUAAUCGUUGGAACUCUGUAUAUCUUAUGCAUGAUUACGUUAUGUAGAGAAAACUCAGUCGCCAGCAAUCCUCGUUUGCAGUAAUAUUUUCACGAAUAUUUGCCGCUUUCUUGUUGUUUUUGUGUGAGUAUCCUAAUCAUCUCAAUGUCUUGAGAAAGAUUUCUAAUUAAAACUCAUCAUUCUACAACUUAAAGUGAAGCGUGGAGGUGAAACUGGGUAAUCUGACAUAGACAUGGAUAACGCUUAUU